AUAACAGCAAAAGCAUCUAUCAUUUUUGUUACUCUUCAGUACAAUGUUACCCUCCCAGCAACAGAAGAACAAGCUACUGAAUCAGCAUCCCUUUAUUACUAUGGUAUCAAAGAUUUGGCUACAGUUUUCUUCUACAUGCUAGUGGCGAUAAUUAUUCAUGCCAUAAUUCAGGAGUAUGUGUUGGAUAAAAUUAACAGGCGAAUGCACUUCUCCAAAACGAAACACAGCAAGUUCAAUGAAUCUGGUCAGCUUAGUGCAUUCUAUCUUUUUGCUUGUGUUUGGGGAACAUUCAUUCUAAUCUCUGAAAACUACAUCUCAGACCCAACUAUUUUGUGGAGGGCAUAUCCCCAUAACCUGAUGACGUUUCAAAUGAAAUUUUUCUACAUAUCACAGUUGGCUUACUGGUUUCAUGCUUUUCCCGAGCUCUACUUCCAGAAAACCAAAAAAGAGGAUAUUCCACGUCAGCUGGUCUACAUUGGCCUUUACCUCUUUCACAUUGCUGGAGCUUAUCUUUUGAACUUGAAUCAUCUCGGACUUGUUCUUCUGGUGCUGCAUUAUUUCGUUGAAUUUCUGUUCCACAUUUCCCGCCUGUUCUAUUUUAGUGAUGAAAAGUAUCAGAAAGGAUUUUCUCUGUGGGCAGUUCUUUUUGUUUUGGGACGACUUCUGACUUUAAUUCUAUCAGUGCUCACUGUUGGUUUUGGGCUUGCCAGAGCAGAGAAUCAGAAACUGGACUUCAGUACUGGAAACUUCAACGUGUUGGCUGUGAGGAUUGCGGUUCUGGCAUCCAUUUGCAUUACCCAAGCAUUCAUGAUGUGGAAGUUCAUUAAUUUUCAGCUUCGAAGGUGGAGGGAACAUUCUGCUUUUCAGGCACCACCUGUGAAGAAAAAACCAACAGUGACUAAAGGCAGGUCUUCUAGAAAAGGAACAGAAAAUGGUGUAAAUGGAACAGUAACUUCAAAUGGAGCAGACUCUCCUCGUAAUAGAAAAGAGAAAUCUUCAUAAUGAAUUAUAAACUAAUGACUAAUGUCCCCAAAGAAAUCUGCUUUUUACAAUGUCUUUCGGCACUAUAGAGUUUUUGGUUUUUUUUUUUUUUUUUUUGUUCUUGAAAAUACAAUUUGUGCUCUUUGAUUCUUGCUAUUGUACUGUUUCAUGCAUUUUUUUUUAAAAGGGCAUUUGAAGGGAGGAUGAUUACUAUGAGUGAAAAUAUUUUAGCUUAGACUAAGCUACCUGCCUUCAAAAUAGUUUAGGGACCAUCACCGUAUUAUAUUUUGGUUUUUAUCUUUUAAACAUUUUUCUAAUGAUUUAGAAAAAAAAAAAAUCUUUACAAAAAUCCCACAUAGCAGUGAUGAAAUUUCUUGCUCUCAACAAUUUUUUAUAAGAUUAGCAAGGUGGCCUGUUCCAACAAGGUCAUAUUUUUUAAGUUAUCUUUCAGGGUAAAAUGGAAAUACUAUAAAGUUGGAUGUCAAACUUUAAUAUGUUUUCAGUGUUCUCUAAUUUUUAGUAAUUUUUGUAGCCUUUACACCUGGAAAAAAAGAUUUGUAAAAUUACCAAAUAUUGUGUGCUUUAUUUUAUAGGUAGUGGUUGUUAGUGUUAUAUCACCAUUUAAAAACAAAAAAACAAACAUACUAAUGAUUACACCAUGUGGAGAUUUAUUGUCAUAUAUAUUGAAUCAAAAUAUCUUAUUAACAUAAAAGUACUUACAAAAGCUUCCUUGUGCUUUUUCAACACUCCAGUCUUAAACUGGAAAUCAGAAAAUAUUUACUGUGAAGAGGAAAAUCUGACUUCUAUGUAUGGCCUUUUUGAUAUGUUUAUUAAUAACAAUUCUUAAUGAGGCUUGUCAUGAGUUUGAUAUGCACAACAGCUUAGAAGGAAAUUGUUUAACCUGAAAACCCUUUUAAAAAACAAUGCCUGCUUGGUUUAUAUCUGUAAAAAAGACUGUCAGGUAAUUAUAUUUGGAAAACAUUUAAUGCACUAACUUCAAAGAAAUUGAAAAUUCAGGUGGAUGACUAGUCUUACAAAAGACAGUGCUUUAUGUUAUAACUAUAGCUUUGGUCCCAUCUUUAAUUGAGAAACAUUUAUCUGUAUAAAACAUAUUUUUGGAUAAAUAUAUAUAUAUAUCUAUAUAUAUUUGUAUCUCUACAGAAAGGCUCUAAAAAGCAUUUGAGUAAAAUACUUGGUUCCCUUUUCUAGAAUUAUCCCUUCAGGUCCUUGUAGCUCUCUUUGAUCCGUCCGUCGUCCUCACAGUACACAGAUAUCUCCUUCGGUGUUCACAUCUUGUUCCCCACUUCUCACUUCAGUCACCAGCUACUGUCCGUGCCAUUCUUAGUGUACAAGUUGCAGGCCAGGUCUGCAGUUUAAGUUACCAUGCUGCUAGAAAGUUGUGCUUUCUCUUUCCAGCUGUUACCUACUUCCUGGAAAAAGUAGUAGCUCUCUGUAGCAUUAUGAAUUUUCAGUGGAACCAAAUGUUUGCCAUUAAAAACUGGCAUUAUAUUGUACUAUACAUUGAGAAAUCAAUCAAAAUAAAAAUUUUUACUUUCACAA